AUCAGACCGCAGAGGCCAUGAGACGGUAAACACGGACUACCGCCGGUGUCAGCUACCACACUUUGAUCUAAUAUUUAAUCCUGUUAACGGGAUAUUGUCUUUAAAAUAAUCGCAGUUAAAGCUACGCCGAUAACGGACAGGGAAUGGCUGCGUAACAUGAUAUGAUGACAGACAGUCACGGACAGUGUGUUGGUACACAGCCUGAUCAGACAGCAUGGGGCUCAAGCUCAGUGGCAAGGCACAACAGAGCCACAAGCUGGUGAUCUUUGCAGCUUUCUUCGUCCUGAUGACACUCCUCAUCCUGUAUGGCUCCAACAAUGUCAACGAUACUGUUUAUGCUCCCUUCCAUGUGGCUUCAAAUUAUGCUAUCAAGUCCACAGAUCUGAAGAAGUGGUCUGGAAACGAUGGUUAUGUGCCAUUUCAUGGGAACAAGACUAUGAACCUGCACUGUCAUCGCUGUGCGCUGGUGACAAGCUCCAGUCAUGUGUUAGGUAGUAAAGCAGGAGAAGAGAUCGACCGUACGGAGUGCGUGAUUCGCAUGAAUGACGCCCCCACGAUUGGGUUUGAGGCAGACGUAGGGAACCUGACCUCUCUGAGGGUCGUAGCCCACUCCAGUGUGUUCAGGGUGGUCCGGAAGCCUCAGGAGUUCCUACAGAGGCCAGACAGCAACCCUGUGAUCAUCUUCUGGGGACCCCCAAACAAGAUCGGGAAGGAGGCCAAAGGGACCUUGUACAGGUUGAUCCAGAGAAUCAGCAUGACCUACAACAACUUAUCUUGUUUCAGUGUCACAGCCAACAAGAUGCGCAGAUUUGACAGUCUGUUUCACAGGGAGACGGGGCGAGACAGACAAAAAUCUCACUCAUGGUUGAGCACAGGCUGGUUCACCAUGGUCAUAGCCAUUGAGAUAUGUGACAGCAUCAAAGUAUAUGGGAUGGUCCCACCCAACCACUGUGGAAAAAAACAACUCCAAACAUCCAAGAAGAUGCCCUACCACUACUACAAGCCCAGGGGGCCUGAUGAAUGUGUAACAUACCUGCAGAAUGAGAGCGGCCGAAGAGGGAACCACCAUCGCUUCAUCACAGAGAAACAAGUGUUUGCACGCUGGGCAAAGCAGUACAACAUCACCUUCACUCAUCCCAAAUGGCUAUAGACUUUUGUGAAAACCACAAAGAGAUCUAUUUGCACUCACAGAGGCCCGAAUGGGCCUUCAAACAACACAUGAUGAAUAACUGCUAUUCAGGAAACGCCACAAGGAUGAAAAAGCUUUUGGACAAAACUAUUAUUGGACCAAAAGACUGAACAGAAGAGUGCAAGAUCUCAGUUUGGAGAGGAAAUACUAUAUUGUGUUUAUUCCCCAUGUGGCAGCAGUUUUUGUAAAUAGAAAAGAAAAUGAAUUUAAAGAUGAAUUUUUACAUGUUUAUAAUAUUUUUGUUAAUCUAUAUUGAAAAUGCACUUGUGUUACCCAUGGUGAGGGGGUUAUAUAAGCAGGCAUUCUCGUUAGAUAUGACUAAGUGGCCUAAAAACGCAAUAUUAACUCUAAAAAAAUACAGCAUUAUACUCUACAGUAAAUGCACUCGGAUUCAGCACUGAUUAAAUCUACAUGUACAUUUGAGCCCUCUAAUGCAGUGAUACCAAAACCAUCAUCUUAAGUUGAAUAAUAUAAACAUUUCUACAUACAUUUUUUUUUAUUAAAAACCAACUAAAUUAAAGUCUUUAUAUCAGGAAUCAGGAAAUAUCUAAUUAGUAAGCACAACCAGCUGAUCAUAGUUGGUGCUACAGAUAUAUUUUGAUUUAACAGUGCUUGUGCAUCAAAAAUUCUUGUUUACAGUAAUAUACACAUGAAGAUUUAAAUUAUGUGGAACUAAAUGUAUUCUUGAGAACUGGCCACAUUAGUACAGAAUACAUGUUAUUUAACACCUAAACAAGUUGUUUUACCCUCAAUUUUAAGAUAUCAGUACUUCGUUGUAACAUUUUUGCCGCACUAGAUGUUGAAUUUGAUGUUUUCAUGAAAAUUAGACUUUAAACAUAAAACUGUUGCCUCAUGAUAUUGGACCUUUUUUUACCUCAGUGGCAUUCCAGUGCAUGCAGCUUAAUUUGAAAUGAAUGAAUGCAUCAUGGUCGUGUUAUGUAUCAGUAUGUUGCUCUUAGGACUGCACGAGUCAGUUAAAAGUUAAAUUGUAAUUUUAAAACUAAACGUGAAGCAUUUAAUGAUUAUGUUUCAUAAAACUAUGUUGCAUUUAACAAGUAAUGAAUCUCAACAUUUUUAUCUUCAGAUGAGGCACACAAUUUGCUUGAUUAGUUGAGAUCAGAAGUAUCUGCACUGUUUACCUCUUUGAAACCGUUGGUCGAUAAUGAACAGGAAGAAAAAAAUGUUGCACAUGAGCUGUUGUGCUACUUGACCAACAUCUAAUUACCUGCUUAAAUUAUUUCAGAUAUUACCCUGAAAAAGUAGUUAAUGAAUUUGAUAAAAUACAAAAUUGUAGAAGAACCUAAAAUGUUGCCAAGCCAAUUUAUAAUCUACGAGUAAACUCAGUAUUAAAUUUAAGUAUUUGAAACAAAAUUUUAGAGCUGCAAUGAGUCAACUAAUCAAAUGAAUCAAGGGAAAAAACAAAUUGAUUUUUUUCAUGCAAAAAAGACAGUUUGCUGUCUCAGCCUGUCAAAUAUGGAGAUUUGCUGCUUUUCUGUUUUAUAUCAUAAUAAACUGAAUAUGUUUGGGUUUGGGUUGGACUGACGGAACAUGACAUUUAAAGACAUCAACUUGGACUUUGAUUUACUGGGAUGGACAUUUUUUCUUUUUUUUUUGUUUUCUGACAUUUUAUAGAUGAAAAGAAAAUAUCAGAUUAAUCCAUUGUUAGUUGCAGCCCUAUAGAAUUCAGCAAAACCACAAACUACAGACUCAACAUAACCAAAAAGAUAAAACGCCACCUCUCUAACACCAAGUAACUUAAGGUAUUUAUGCAAGUGUACCUAACAAUCUGGGACGCGAAUGUAUAUCGAGCCAAUCUCACAACUAACCCGUAAGAAUACCGAGGCAGUGUGAACCUGACAUUAAAAUAAAUUCUGUCCUUGGC